UCAAGAAUACACAUCCCAUUCUCUAAUCUAUAUGGGGGAGCCACGUCCAAUAUUGCCAGGCAUACUCUAUAAUUUCUCAGAACCAUCAUCUUUCUUGUCGUACGACCCAUGUUUGUCACCUGAUCUCCCACCCGCACACUUUCCUUUACCACCCCGUGCAGCCUCUCGGACUGCUCAGUCCGAUGGGCUAUCACAACCACCCUCAUCUGCACCAGGCUUUCCGUAUGACAACUUCCACAAUCCUUCACGCGCUCCGCCAUUCCAGCAAACCCGCGACCUCGAUGUCCACCUCGAGCACCCGCGGUCGCCUCAAAUCGAUUUCCUUGCUCGCGAGCACCGUCCCAAGCGCACGACCGAGACGCACAUCCUCCCUCGACCAAUACCCACUCCCGUGCACUCAAAUGCACACUUUCCGCUCGAUCAGUCGUCUUCUCACUUUGCGCACAGUCCAGCUGGCCCGCACGUACAUUCGCAGCCUGUGUUCGAUCCUAUACCCACACCUGUCGACUCGACACCAUCAAGAGUACCACCGGCACUUGCCCGACGUCAACGUGCACGCUCGCAUUCACCCCCUUCCAGUCGCACAUCAUCCCCGGUGUUAUCCUCUCCAGCGGCCGAGGGGCUACAUGAAAGUGCCGCGGAGUGCCGUUGGGGUGCCGCAAAACAUUUGGAGUGCCGCAUGUUCGAGCCUGGAGUGCCGCAGGAUUUCUGUCACGCGCCGCAGACGUCACGCUGGAGUGCCGCAGCGACCUACGGGGCAGGAUAUUUACAUAUUUAUGUUUGUACAAUUUCAUUGAAAGUAUUCAAAAAAAAGCAAUCGGCAGGCCAAGGCAUUGUCACCGUG